ACAUAUUUGUCUUGUAUUGACAAAUCAGCCCCUCUCGUUUCAUUUUCCUUCCUCCUCCCACCGUCAAAUCGAUCGUCUUCUCAUCCGUUCUUACUCCUCCGCUCGCCUGACGAAUUCUGGUCCCCCCAAAAAUAGUUUUAUAGAUCUACGUUUCGAAGCAAAGUAUGAUGGGGUCGAGAGGAAUAAUCAGCGACAAGUGGUCAAUGAGGAUUCUCUGGGGCUGUGCUCUCGGAAGUGCAGUCGGUUUAUACAUGGUUGCUGUGGAAAGACAAACUCAGAACAGAGCACGUGCCUUGGCUGAAGGUUUAAGAGCUGCUGAAUCACAAGCUGGUGAUGCUGCUGAUACUCUCUGAGUCCUCUCAGCUGAGCGUUGUUUUUUUUUUUUCCUUCUUCUUUCUUUUAGAUUGCUAUAUAACAACAUCUUGCUCCAAAGAUCUUUUUGUUGAUUCGAUUUCUUGUUGGCAAAUAAUUCCUGAAACGAAUUCAAAACUUGUAAGAGUUUAAGUUGCCUGAACAACAUACAAUCUGUGUUAUCGAAUAAAGCCUCUUACUUGGACUCA